ACAUCCCUCUCUUUCCGACAAUACCGAAGAGAGAGAAAGAAAAGUGUAAAACUUGACCACCAAUGACGGUGAACUGGAUUUUGUGAUUUCUUUUUCAAUUUUUGGUAAAUUUGUUCGAUGGAAAUGCGCAGCAGGAGAUCGAAUUACACUUUACUAAGACAAAGUCCUGACGACCCAGUAUUUCACCAGCAACCGCCACAGGACUCGAAAUUCUCAGCCACAAGCGGUGGACCGGUGGCACCGCAGCCUCCGUACUACGAGUCUCAUUCCGGAGAUAAAAAUAAAGUAAAGACGGAACGGGGGGGCUUUGACUGGGACGUGAUUGAUCAGCGGAUGAUUCAGCCGCCGCCACAGAGCCGGAUCGGGCCGGCGGGGUUUCCGACGUCGAUCGGGAUGCAGAGGCAGUCAAGUGGGAGCAGCUUUGGGGAGAGCUCGAUGUCUGGAGAAUACUAUCCUCCGUCGCUCUCGAACACUGAGGUAGCGGCUUUUGGGCAAACAAGCGAUGGAGGCGGCGGUGAAAUGAGGGUGAAGGCUGCGGAGAUGUCUGGCGGAAGCGGUGGAGGCUCGUCUUCUUCAAAGAGCUGGGCGCAACAGACGGAGGAGAGUUAUCAAUUGCAGCAAGCUUUGGCUCUACGGUUAUCUUCUGAAGCUACCUGCACUGAUGACCCUAAUUUCUUGGAUCACAUGCUUGAUGAAUCCGCAUCUCGAGCUUCUACUUCGUCUGCCUCUGCAGAGGCUAUGUCCCAUCGAUUUUGGGUUCAUUUUCAUCAGGUAAAUGGCAGUUUAUCCUACUUUGACAAAGUUCCUGAUGAGUUUUACUCAAUUCAUGGGUUGGAUCCAUAUGUCUGGACCAUAUGCUCGGAUCUACAAGAAAGUGGCCGCAUCCCAUCACUUGAAUCAUUAAAGACCGCCAAUCUUGCCAUUGUUUCAUCAAUUGAAGUAAUUUCUGUAGAUCGCCGUAGUGAUCCCCGCUUGCAAGAGCUACAGAAUCGGAUUCAUAAUGUGUCAUCAAGUUGCAUCACCAAGGAAGAGGUUGUUGAUCAUCUUGCAAAGCUAGUUUGCAAUGUUAUGGGAGAUGCAGCUUCGAAUGGGGAAGAUGACUUGGUUAUUAUCUGGAAGGAUUGCACUGAUGACCUCAAGAAUUGCUUAGGAUCCAUUGUGCUUCCAAUUGGCAGUCUAACUGUUGGACUUUGCAGGCACCGGGCUUUGUUAUUCAAAGUUCUAGCUGACUUCAUUGGCCUACCAUGUCGAAUUGCCUAUGGAUGUAAAUAUUGUAAUAGAGAUUAUGCUUCCUCAUGUCUUGUUCGAUUUGGGAUUGACAGGGAAUAUGUUGUUGAUUUGGUUGAGAAACCAGGAUUCUUAUGCGACCCGAACUCCUUGCUAAAUGGUCCUUCUUCCAUCUCAAUUUCUUCACCACUGCACUUUCCACGAUUCAAACAGGUUCAACCUACAAUGGAUUUCAGGUCGUUGGCCAAACAGUAUUUCUCAGACUUUCAAUCGCUUAAUCUUGUAUUUAACGAUUCUUCGGCAGCUGAUACUGUUGUUGAUGGAGAUGUUGGCAACUCCGUCUAUCCUAAACAAUCAGAUAGGGUUCAUCAAAAUAGAAUCAGCAACCGAGAUGAAAUUUCUCAAUUGCCACUGUCUCCAACGAAUUCUCAGACAAAUGUACAUGAUAAAGAACCAUCACUUUUGGACCCAUCUAAUCCUCAUAAUAUUUUUAGCUCCACAGAUGUGACCAAUGAUUUGAUCCCUGUAAAGCAUAUUCCUCCAACCAGACACAAAGACAACCUAUUGGAUCCAAGACUAAAAACAAAUGAAGAUUUGAGCUUUGUUGGAAUUCAACUGGCUCCAUCGAAAACAAGUGAACUUGCAAUUGAUGUUGCAGAUUUCAGGAUUCCCUGGAGUGAUCUUGUUAUAAAGAAGAGAAUUGGCGCAGGUUCAUUUGGUACGGUCCACCAUGCUGAGUGGAAUGGUUGUGAUGUUGCUGUGAAGAUUCUCAUGGAACAAGAUUUUCAUGCAGAGCAAUACAAGGAAUUUUUACGGGAGGUGGCAAUUAUGAAACGCUUGCGCCAUCCCAAUAUUGUACUUUUUAUGGGUGCUGUAACAGAGCCGCCAAACUUGUCCAUAGUCACAGAAUAUUUAUCACGAGGUAGUUUGUAUAGACUCUUACGUAGACCUGAUGCAAGAGAAGUGCUGGACGAGAGGCGUCGGUUGUGCAUGGCUUAUGAUGUUGUGAAGGGGAUGAGCUACCUUCAUAAACACAAUCCUCCCAUUGUUCAUCGGGACUUGAAAUCUCCUAAUCUUUUAGUUGAUAAAAAGUAUACAGUGAAGGUCUGUGAUUUUGGUCUUUCCCGUUUAAAAGCAAACACAUUUCUUUCAUCAAAGUCAGCUGCUGGAACUCCGGAGUGGAUGGCACCCGAAGUUCUCCGUGAUGAACCAUCAAAUGAAAAAUCAGAUGUAUACAGCUUUGGUGUGAUUUUGUGGGAGUUGGCAACACUGCAGCCACCUUGGAGAAACUUAAAUCCUGCACAGGUUGUAGCAGCUGUUGGUUUCAAGGGAAAACGGCUUGAAAUUCCAUCUGAUGUGAAUCCUCAAGUAGCGGCUUUAAUUGAAGCCUGCUGGGCCAAAGAGCCAUGGAGACGCCCCUCCUUUUCCAGUAUCAUGGAAUCACUCAAACCAUUGAUUAAAUCUCCCCCCACAACCGAACCAGAUCGCGCAGAAAUGCAUUUGCUCAUAUGAAAAGAGUGUAGAACAGGGAAGACUAUAUUGUCUCCGUGCAUGACAUCCUUUUGGAUCCAAUUUCAGGCAGAAAAACUACUCGGUCUGUAUAAGAGCAGGUUUCACAGUGUUCGGUGCACACAGCGAAUGUGGCUCAGCUUGGAGAUGUGAUGGAUCGAACUGCUGCUCGAGGAAUUAUUUUUUAGUUGUUUAAUUUAGCAUCUCUAAUCAUAUAUUUCUGCAGGCUUUUUUGUGUAAAUAAUAGUUCGUGUGGGCAUUAGAGAAUUGAGUUAGUUGGCAAAAUGUACAUUUGCAAUUAUAUGCCAUUUAAAUUAUUAUUUAGACAAGAUUCUCUCUCUAUACCAGAACGGAAAGAGAGGCAAAUCAAACAGUUCUUGAUAUUGUAUUUUUCGGGAAAAAAAAAACGAUUUAUAUCAAAAAGCCAUUUUGAAUGUGUA